AAGUAGGCUUAAUGAGCGCACUGGAACUUCAAAAGAAAGUGUAGUAAAACAGAACAACAAAGGUUACAGAUCUCUGCGACUUUUACUGCAUUCAUCUCACCGUUACAAACAAAAACGCCUUCAAGAAGCAGGACAAAUGCGCACGGGGCUGAGAGUGAAUGCAGUUCCGCUUGUCUCCCCCUUCAGCAGCGCGCUCCGCUUGGAGGCGAGCGGUUCUCCCUGCGCUCCCCGAGAGGAGGCGGGGCGAGCGGCAAGCGGAAUUGCUUUUGAUCCCCGAGGGACUCGCAGCCUUCACAUUCCGCGCAUUCCAGAGGCUGUGAACAAUCGGAGCUCGGUCAUUUAUUAGCAGAGCUCCUCCCCUCCUGAGCUCAGUCUGCUGGAGGAGCUCUCCAGACGCGCACGCAGCUCAGACAUACGCAUGGAAAUAAAAGCCGUACUCCACGAAUUUCCUUAAGGAUUAUAUCGUUAAACAGAUAUACGAGUACAGAAAGACGUCCGUAACUUUAAUUCGUUGUGCGAUUGUGACUUGGUUCGCUGUCUAGUCCAAAAAUCUCUCCUAACACACUAUCAUUGAUUGCUGUCUGCAAAACAAAGACUGAAAUGAGAACGGCAGAGGAUUCGUCAGGCACGGUGCUGCACCGACUGAUUCAAGAGCAGCUCCGUUAUGGGAACCCUACUGAUCCUACUCUGUUGGCCAUCCAGCAGCAGGCUCUGCGUGGAGGCAGCAGCGGUGGUGGUGGUGCAGGAAGCCCUCGUUCGUCCCUGGAAAGCCUAACGCAAGAGGAAUCACUUUCUCCCCAGUUGUCCACCCGGCAGGAGCCCCAGGGCCAAGAGCACCAGGGGGACUACCAGCAUUCAGAGAGUCCCGUCUGCCACCUGUAUCAGCUCCACACAGAGGAGCUGCCUACUUAUGAGGAAGCAAAGGCUCAUUCACAGUACCUGGCCUACCAGAGAGGUCAGGUAGGGCUUCUGCACGGCAGCCUGGAGACCCCUGGAGUGGUUGGAGGAGCCGAGCAGGAAGAGAGAAUGUGGGAUGUGAAGCGUGAGCAUGCACGCUCGCUCAGUGAACACCUCAUGCAGCUCUCGCUGGAGAGGAAUUGUGCCCAUGACAAUAUUCCCAUGAGCUCAUCGCAUAGCUACCCCCAGCUCUCCAAUAACCACUCUGGUCCUGUUGUGAACGAGAGGUCGAUUCAUGAGCCAGACCAACGCGGUCCACCCCCGGAGUACCCCUUCAUGGUCAGAUCCCCUGGAUAUAUGCUUGUUCACUCACAGGAACAUGGGCAUUAUUACAAAGAGCCUCCCCCUGCUUUACACUCACAGCAUCACAGGUUAUUUCCAACCCAGUCGCAAGCGCCUUGCCAUAGCGGCCUGCCCUCGUUGACCCCUGCUGGCCAGGAUGUCAUUGUUGGAGGAUACAGCAUCCCGGUGAACAACUGCCAAAUAGAGCAGCUCAUUAAAGAGAACGAGAGACUGAGAGGAGAAGUAGAGAGCUACAGUGAGAAGGCAGCAAGGCUUCAGAAGCUCGAACAGGAGAUUCAGAGGAUAUCGGAGGCUUAUGAGACUCUUAUGAAAGGAUCUGCAAAGAGAGAAAGCCUUGAGAAAACCAUGAGGAACAAGCUUGAGAGUGAGAUCAAGCGACUUCAUGACUUCAACAGAGAUCUCAGGGACCGCCUGGAAACCACCAACAAACAGAGAGCAGCCAUGGAAGCUGAAGACAAGAGUCGGCAUGUCUUCGCUAAACUGGUUGAGCAAAAUGAAGAUCACCUUCGCGAGCGGGAACUUCUGGAAAAAGAGUUGCAGCAUCUGCGGGUCUCAGGAGAAGAAUGGAAGAGGCGGCGAGAGGCCUCGGAGCAAGCGCUGAUGUCCGCUCAGACACGAAAUAGGCAGCUGGAAGAAGAGUUACGCAGGAAAAGAGCGUAUGUGGAGAAGGUGGAGAGAAUGCAGAGUGCCCUUGCACAGUUGCAGGCGGCAUGUGAGAAGAGGGAGGCACUGGAGCUACGACUGCGGACCAGACUGGAGCAGGAGCUCAAGAGCCUGAGAGCACGGCAGUGGCAGACUCAAGCCCAGCAAACGAGUCCUGGGUCCUACUCGGACCUUAACAUGUCAUCUCUGCAUCAGCAGCUGAGGGAGAGAGAGGAGCAGGUUCUGGCGCUGGAGGCUGACAUAACCCGCUGGGAGCAAAAGUAUCUUGAGGAGAGCACGAUGCGUCAAUUUGCCAUGGAUGCCGCUGCUACUGCUGCAGCUCAGAGGGAUACAACAAUCAUCAACCAUUCACCUCGCCAUUCACCCAAUAGCAGCUUCAAUGAGGACCUGCCAUCCCCCAACCACAGGCAUCAGGAGAUGGAAAACCGGAUUCGGGCGCUUUAUGCUCAGCUUUUGGAGAAGGAUGCCAUUAUAAAGGUCAUGCAGCAGCGGUCACGGCGAGAGCAAGUCCGAUCUGAGUCGCAAGGCCUACGACCUGCUCGAUCUGUUCCCUCCAUCAACACGGUUGCCACAGCUAGCACCACCCAAACCAAAGGGAAGAGCCUCUCGGAUGACCAGACAACAGCUGCGUCAUUGCCCCCGUUGCCCCAUCCUCUCACCAAAACCCAGUGUCGAGACCGCAGUACCCAGUGUGAAGAGCCUUCAGACGAGUCCAAUCCUAAAACAGAACCUUCCAUUGCUCCCAGUUCUGAUUCCACUCCUCUCAACACAACUCCGAUUAGCAGCGCUGUUGAAAAAGAUAUGGUGGAGAUUCUCAUCUGAGAUGAACAAUGUUCAGCUUGAUGCUGCCUGCUGUCUUAUGCACAAAAUAUUCUCUCCUUGGGGCUCCAUCUGAGGACCAACCAUAUCAAGAGAAGCUGUGCUUGCUUUGAGAAGGAGCUCACCAUUGAAGCCGGUCAGUUUUGUAUCAGACAGAGAGAAGAACGGAUAGUGGGAGUAACCUAAAGCUGAUCCUCGGUGAAGGAGAGCUGAGCUCUCUUGACAGUUCCUCCAUAUGUUAAAUGACAGUGUUUCAUCUCAGCUGGUGACUCUCAACCUGGACUGUGAGAUCUAUGGUCUGAAUGUGAAGUACAUGGACAGUCCUCUGCAGAGCUCCAAAAAGCUUUUUAAGUGCUUAUAAAACACAUAGUAUAUGUUGAUGUUCUUUGUAUUUAUGAGUAUUGCUGCUGACUGUGAGACAAUGGAGAAAUAGGAAGAAAUAUCCCACUGUUGUGAAACUUUUGUUUUUGCAUUCGCUUUCCUUUAAGGAACAACCAAGGGCAGUGUUUUUUUUUUUAACCAACUAAGUAUACCAACCCAUGUAAGACUAUAUCCCACAUUCCAUAGAUAAAUGCACAGACAAAUAUAUCUCUAACUUUACAUGCUCCAUGUAUAGUAGAUGUACCAUCGCAACUGCUUCAUUCUUAAAUAUCAAGAAAAAAAUUGUUUGGAUUGUAGGAGGCUAAAUACAGUUUGAACCUGGAGGCCUGGAAUUAGACAAUUUACCAGAAUAGUUGGGUAAAUUAUCAUUACAGUUGGCGUUCUUACUAUAACUGACUGACAGCGGGUGCUUCUGGCUCCCUGAUUUAAGUAGAGGAAUGGGAAGCCUCUUUUCAUGGACAGUGGAUGGGUACAUGUUCUUUUAGUGACACUUAGGGUAAAUGUUACCCUUAGGCGGGACGGGGCUGAUGUUUUAGAUGCCAUAUUAUUAUUAUUAUUAUUAUUAUUUUGCGCCCAUAACUGCAACCAUCAUGCUUGCCAUUCCCUCGCAGACAAGCCAGAGCUAAUCUUCCCACAUUCCUCCAUGGCGGAAUGCCCCUGCUCAGAGGAAAAAGGCUAUCUGCAGUCUGACCUUUGGCCUUAGAACGGCUAGCAUUUAGACUACCAUCCCUUUUUGGAUCGGUUUAUUUCCAUAGUGCUGCAGUAGCUGGUUCUACUGUAAGCGUAUUUGAUUAUGUGACUCAAAGGUUCUCCAAUGUAGCAACUGUGACUAGCCUUGAUUUCUGAGACGGAGACUUUUCUGCUUGUUCUCAAUCAAGACUACACUUGCGUUAUGGUGGGAUAAUGGUAUAAACCGUUACCGUGAAAACAAAUCUUAUCUAUGUGGGUAAUAAGUAUCAUACCAUGUUAAUUUAACCUUUCUCACUAUCAUUAAAUGCUACUUUUAUUUUCCUAUUGGCUCUGAUACAAAGCGCUUGCUGGUCAGUGCUUCGUAGUGAAGUCAUGCUUGUUUUGUUCAUUACUUUGACUGUUUACAGAAAGGGCUUUUGAAACGAGAGAAUUUAAUAUAUUUUGUAUAUUAUUUUACUUUUUGGUAUUUAGUAAUGUGAACAUGCCAAAGAUUUGCAUUACAAUUAAAUUAUAUAAUAAAAGUAUGCACAUUAGCGACGUGAAAUUCGCUAACUCGUUGACCCAUAUUUGGACAUUGCUGUGAACUUCAAGAAAGGGGAAUUGUUUUGUAUGUCAUUAACAUUUCAGUCAUUUGAAUAAAACUUUAAUAUAUAUCUUUA